UUCUGUUUUGCUGCAGAAGUAGCGCUUUUAAACCAGCCAGCGUCAUGUGGUUUUACUCUAUUUCUACACUUUUGGCAUCGGUCAUCAUCGCCCCCGUGGUGGUGAAAAGCCUCUUCCCCUAUCUUUGGUCGGACGUUCUGUAUUUCAAGGACCUCCUGUGCAUUUUGGUGAAGUUUGUGACUCGACGCAGGAGGAGACCUCCAUUCUUGGUGCUGGACCGUUUUUUACAGCAGAGAAGCGCGUUUCCGGACAAGCCUUAUAUUGUGUUUGAAAAUGAGACCUUCACGUACGCCGAGACUGACAAGAGGAGUAACCAGAUGGCCAACGCCCUCCUGGAUCACCCGCGGUUGGAAGCGGGGCAGCCAGUGGCGCUGUUCAUGGGGAACGAACCCGCCUUCAUCUUCACCUGGCUGGCUCUGGCUAAACUGGGCUCCCCCGCGGCCCUGCUCAACCACAACAUCAGAAACAAGUCACUGCUGCACUGCUUCAACUGCUCCAAAGCUCGAAUCAUCCUGGCUGCCGCAGAACUGAAGUCUGCUGUGGAGGAGAUUCUCCCCACACUGCUGGAGCAAAAAGUUACCGUACUUCUCAUGACUGAACAGUGCGACACGCCAGGAAUGGAGAGCUUUGCCGACAAAGUUCGCCUUGCCUCCGAUGCGCCUCCGCCCCAGUCGCUAAGGUCUCAUGUCCACUUCAAGAGUCCGGCGGUUUAUAUUUACACCUCAGGAACGACAGGUCUUCCCAAAGCGGCUGUGGUCAAUCAGAAUCGUCUGCUCACAGCUCUGGCUCUCUUGUCAGCGAACAUGUCACACAAUGACGUAGUCUACAUCAACUUACCUCUGUACCACACUGCUGGAUUCAUCGUCGGCUUCAUCGGAUCCAUUGAAUCAGGAUCAACUAUAGUUCUGAAGAGGAGGUUCUCAGCCUCGCAGUUCUGGGACGACUGCAGGAAACACAAUGUGACUGUGAUACAGUACAUCGGUGAAGUCAUGCGUUACCUCUGCAACACACCAAAGAGGGAGAAUGACAAGGAGCACAAAGUACGACUGGCUAUUGGCAACGGCAUAAGAGCUGAGAUCUGGAAGGAGUUUCUUCAGCGCUUUGGAAACAUGGAUGUCAGAGAGUUCUACGCGUCUACUGAAGGAAAUGUGGGGUUCAUCAACUACGCAGGCAAAGUAGGAGCAAUUGGACGAGUCAAUUUCCUACAUGCGUCGCUGUUUCCAUUUGCCCUCCUCAAAUAUGACACAGACAAUGACGAGCCAGUCCGUGGGUCCAACGGCUUUUGUAUCAAGUCGCCCAAAGGCGAGACCGGCCUGCUGGUGUCCAAAAUCACUGACAUCGCACCGUUCACCGGAUACGCUCAGAAUGAGGAGCAAACGGAGAGAAAACGGCUACGUAAUGUUUUCAAGAAAGGAGAUCUUUACUUCAACAGCGGAGACUUGAUGAGAAUCGACCAUGACAAUUUUAUUUACUUUGUGGAUCGAGUGGGAGACACUUUCAGGUGGAAAGGAGAGAACGUUGCUACAACUGAGGUGUCGGACAUCCUGACCGCCUGUGAUUGUCUCAAAGAAGCCAAUGUUUAUGGCGUUCAAGUGCCAGGACACGAGGGUCGUAUCGGGAUGGCAGCUGUCACCAUCAAGGAAGAAGCCCACUUUGAUGGACCCAGACUGUAUCUUCAUGUGGUUAACUUCCUACCCUCGUACGCACGGCCACGCUUCAUCAGAACACAGAAAGCAGUGGAGGUGACGGCGACCUUCAAGCAAUUGAAAGUGAAGUUAGUUAAGGAGGGAUUCGACCCUGACCUCAUUACCGACCCUCUUUACAUCCUGGACGAUGCUGAGAAGAGCUAUGUGCCGCUGACAGCCAACAUCUACGGCUCUAUCGCAGCAGGAAACAUCAAACUAUGAACUGAACUGAGAUGAGAAAAAGUAUGGAAACUGCAAAAGUGAAAGCAUAAUGAGAAAAGUUGUUGAUGACUAUGGAUGCACCAAUACUAAGUACUUGGAUGUGAGUACUCACCGAUACUGAGUACUUACAGCAUUACACAUAAAGUUACUCUGAGUUUUUUUUUUUUUUUUCCAUAUAUAUCGUUAUUUGAACAACAUUCUGCAGUAUGUUUUUCUUCCACCGUCACAAGUUUCAAUGCAGUACAAACACACAUUUUACAAAAUUGUCAUAAACUGACGUUCAAAACAAACUGCGCGCUGCUGUAUAGUGGUAUGGGUUCCGUGGAAGCACUGAUCUAUCUAUGCGUACCAGUACAAGUACUUAAGCCCAGUAUCAGACCGAAACCCGAUAUCGGUAUACUGUCUGAUGAAAGUCAGCAAACAGCUUGUCCAUCAAUAAAAAAGAACGUUUCACUUCGGCAAGUCUGGACCAGAAGACGCGAAGACAGCCAAUAAUAAUCACUCUAAAAUCGCUGCAUGGCAACACAGUGUAUCUGCCCAAACAUUACUCUGUACAGUCCAGUCCGAGGCCUGGCUCCACU